AUGAGAGGAAUACCCGGCAGCAGCAGCAGCAACGGUGAGGAUGAAACCGCACCCGCCAUUGUUCACCAAGUCGCCUCGUCCGCUCCUUUGGGCAUCACGAUUGUUUGCAUUUCGGAUACGCACAACCAUCAUCGAUCGAUCGACAUGCCUCCACAAGCCAACCUUUUAAUUCAUGCCGGAGACUUUACGAGCUACGGCAGGGAAGCGCAUUUACGAGAUUUCAACGAAUGGCUCGGGGAACUGCCGUAUCCCUACAAAAUUGUGGUCAAUGGCAAUCAUGAAUACCAGGCGGAAUGGAAGUUGAGGACCAAAGCCAUUCUAAGCAAUGCCAUUUUCCUCAAGAAUCGAACCGUCACUCUCCGCUUUGGUGACGACAAGACGCUCUGUAUUCAUGGGACCGACUUUUUCUGGCCCUGUUUGGAACCCCUUCAAAAUGGAGAGGGGUGCUUGGACAAGAUACCAACAGACGAUCUGGACAUUCUCAUUAGUCAUUGUCCCGUCAAGUCCUUUGUGGAUUGUGGACGAGGCUGUCCGGCAUUGGAGCGACGGAUCCAACGACGAACCAUCCAACCAAAAGUGGUGAUUUCGGGACAUGAACACGAUGGCAGGGGAAUCGCAGUACUGACACAUGAUGAUGACAACUCCUCCACUGUCUUUGUCAAUUGUGCCACCUCCAAGAGCAUGAGCAGCCGUGUCUACGGUAAACAACCCAUUGUGCUGGAACUGUAA